GCGGCGGACAUGUUGCGCGUCACCGAGAGCUACACGGCAAGCUGCCAUUUCUGUUGUUGGAGCGCUGAGCUGCUUUGGUAGCUUCUGACUCGGUUCGUCCCUUGCUUGCUCCUGUCGGCAUGAUACUUAUUAUCAUGGGGGUGUCCGGGAGUGGGAAGUCAACUGUAGGGUCUCUCCUCUCUGAAAAGCUGGGAUGGACGCUGUACGAGGGCGAUGACUAUCACCCCAAAGAGAACAUCGAGAAAAUGGCCAGCGGAAUUCCCCUGACUGAUCAGGACCGAACGCCCUGGCUCCUCCUCCUGCAUGACAUCAUACAAAGAGAGAUGGCCGCAGGAACCAAUGCCAUCCUGGUCUGCUCCGCGCUGAAGAAGCUGUACCGCCAACUGCUGCUGUUCGGCCGCUGCGCCCUGGACGGCGGGGGCGGGGGCGGGGGCGGGGCCGGGCUGGGGGACAGGCUGGAGGGCGUGCUCUUCGCCUUCCUGCAGGGCUCCUUCCAGCUGAUCCAGGAGCGGGUGCAGGCACGCGGCGGCCAUUUUAUGCCCCCCAGCCUCCUGCGGUCUCAGUUCGACGCCCUGGAGCCGCCCUCGCCCGCCGAGAACGCGCUCGCCCUCGACAUCCGGAACGGCAUGCCGGAGAUAGCCGCGGAGAUCGAGCGCGCUCUCUCUGCUCACCUGUAGCCAUGGGAACACACCGAAGUUCCGGGGGGCCAGGGAGAGUUGCUCCUGCAAGCAUUAUUAUUACCAGUGAUUCUUCUUCUCUCACAUACUUGAGUUUUCGUUUUUGACUUUGCGGGCCACCCCCUGUCGUUACCCCCCCUUGCAGGGGCGACCGAUUCCCAGGCAGAUGAGAUUAAUGGGCCAAAAGCUCUGCAUUCCACAUGCUGUCUCUGGAAGGCUGUCUCCAUAGUGACGAUGCGACCUCCUCUGGGUUUGAGGGAUGACCUCACAGGAAGUGCCCGUCUGGCCGUUUUUGGGGAGGGCUGACUCACGGAAUGAUGUGGUAUUUCAGACACCAACAUCACUGCUCUGACACUGAACACCUGUGCUGUGACUAGGGCUGGAUCACUAUGGCACCGGUUCCCAUACGACUG